AAUAGUAGCAAAUUUGAAGACCUGUUGAAAUUCUUCCAGAUAUUAAAACGUGUGUACCAGUUUUCAUCUAAUAUUUGGAGUAUGUUUCGACUGAAGAUUACAAUGAAAACACUAUUCAUAAUCUUGCUGUGUCAAAUUGCUGUGGUGACGUCAUUUUGUAAUGGUGGAACGACAUCUCAAAUAAAGGAAUUGGUGAAAGGAAAAUGUCUGCUAUAUCAAACAAUUAUUCAACCCGAUGUAUUCUGUAACAGUCGGAGAAAUUGUGAUGAAGUCGCUGACAAAUUCGUAGAAGCAUUUUUGUAUCAACCGACAUGUAAUGUGUCUGUAUCAAGAUUCAAUGAUUACCUGAAUCUAACCAGACAUCCUGUACAGACUAAUAAGUCUAUAUUUUGGGAAGAUGUGUACCAGGCUGUAGCGUUGUAUGCUAAUCAAGGUAAACGACUUGUAUCGAUAGCGGACACUCUUUAUGGCUAUAUAGCUGAUGGUCUUCACUUCUGUGCCAAGUUGGAAGAUCCAGGAAUGAUUAUAAACGAAACCUGUGCAGGUUUUGAUGCUACUGGAGACUGUGAGAAAAAUGCAGAAUAUUCCUUUUGGGUCGGUGCCUCAGAGCAGUUUUCUUCAGAUGUUAAUGGAAAAGUUUACAUUAUGCUGAAUGCAAGCAUUGAAAAUACGUUUAAAGAGAAAUCGUAUUUUGCAAACAAUGAAUUGCCAAACCUUAACGGUGACAGAGUUUCUAAAGCAGAAAUAUUUUUAGUGAAAUAUGCAGGUCAUGAAACUAGGUCAACAUGCAAUGAUGAUUCUAUCAAGUUAUUAAAAAGCACAUUGAAGAAAAAUGGUAUAGAAGCAUCCUGUAUAGACAAUCCAAGAGAUGUACAAAUAGUUUUAUGUUCCAUGUAUCCUGAACAUCCAGACUGUUCUCUACUAUCUGAUGCCAGUUGAAUUUCUACAUUUAGUUAUCGUGUGUUUCUCUUGUAUUUAAUAAAAAAAAAUAUUCUCUUUUCG